UGGCCAUGCAUCACAAAGGGUGGUCUCAUCUCCAGCCUGGACCACAGCUUCCAUCUCGCAUCAUCAUCGCCUCAGCACUCCGACGGGAUUCAGACCGUGGAAAUGCGGGUCAAGCAGGAUACGCAUUGCCCCAUGGGCCAUAGCACCUCUGCCGGUGCAAAAUUGGUCCCCGCAUGUUCCGCCCUCGUCUCCUCAACCAGCCUCAAGCCCACCUCGGUGCACACGCCUGGUCUGACUAACUGGCCCAGACAGUCUAAGAUCCGAGCCCAGGCCCCUGGGCCCUUGGAGAGUAAUUACAAGCAAAAAGAAUAA